AUGCUCCCGACCACGACAUGUCGAUGCUUUGCGAGUACGACUCGUCGAGUGAUCGUCGCUUCAACCUCCACCUCCUCGAGCAUACAACGGUCGGGCACACGAGCGACACCGGCCUCCUCAUCGAUCGCAUGGACACUUGCUACAGGUGGACACCCAUCUUCAAGCAGGUCCUUGACGACGGGGAGAUCAAGGUCCAAAAGGAUGACGAGAUCGGAGAGUGAGCGUGCGACGGCGGCGGAAGAGGAGCAAGAGGUUGAGGACGAAGGGGAGGAGCGAUCGAAUGCGGAGACGAGGGAGGACUCGCAUGGUGAUCCGACAGCAGGAAAGUAUGGCAAGAUACAGAGUCAGUUACUGCACAAGGUGUGCUGCAUUGGGCUGAGCACGGCCAAGCCUGACCCUCUCUUCCCGCGUCUCGCAGCGAUCCCCUUCCACCUCCCCGGAUGGAAAGCCUCCGAGUACUGCUCCGUCGGCGCGCAUUCCGCUUUUGGGUUCGGCACUUUCCUACGCAUGACCCUCAACCGGGUUUUCGGCAACAUCUUUGAGACCGGUGUCGAGAGGCUCGCUUUUCGGGGCGUGCUCUUGCCGGUGUGGAAGAUCGAUUUGGCGAUCAAGGGGACGGCGUGGCUGGAUGCACAGAUGAGCAUGUCGGGUCAGUUUGAGCGUUCGAGCGACUCAUAAUUCAAGUGGAGACGGUUAGCUGAAGUGAGAGUGGAUCCCGCGCACAGUCUCGGCGAGCAACGCCACCAUUCCGGGCUACAAAAUGAGCCCCCUCGACCAAUUGACCGUCGACAGUACAUGGGACUCUGAACCCGUCCCCUUCUCGCCGUCCCACCAUGCCGGUCGUCAAGUCGUCGUCCGUGACCCCGAAGAUGGGUCCGUGGUCGAACUUCGGCACGGAGAGGAGUCGGUGCCGUUGACGGUCGUUCCUUUUACGCAUCAUCCGCUGAAUUUGUUGAGAAAGAUCACGGGGUUGCCGAGGACGACGGAGAGUCAGCAUGGGAUCGGAUUGGGUUAGUCCGAGAGGAAAUGGGGGGUGAAGACUCGCUAGGCUCAUUCAUCUUUGUCCGAUCGCAGAUCCUUCGGGCAUCAAAGCCUCCUUGUUCGGCGCCUACCCCCUCUACAUCCCCGUUUACCUCGCCGAAUACGCCAAAGGCGACGAACGAGCGACCACAGUCGCCUUCGGUGCGAGCGAAAAGAUCAAUUUCGCCCUCUACGCUUCCAGCAAACCCGAGCCGAGGUGGGAACCCAACGGCGAUGCGUGUGAACUGACCGUCGGCGGCUCCCCCCUCGAUUUCACCCAACGUCCUAAACCGAACGCUUUACAGGUGCUCAAACCCAAAUUGGACGAAUGGUUCGCGAACCUCCAGACGCAAACGGAGAGCUCUUCUUUCUUGCUCACCGAUCCGAUCAAACCUUAUACGUGGUCGGGCGCGAUCGCGAAUCAUCCGCGGGUAUUGGAGUACUCUGAACAUUCUCAAGCGUCCAAAGCCUACAUCCAGAAGCUGGCGGAAUUGGAUCGGGUGGAAGCAUUGAUGAAGAACUUUGAGGUGAUGGAUGAGAAUGUCAAGGGGUUGAUGAUUGGGCCGAAAGGGGUGCCGAAGCUCAUGGGUAGGGAUGGUAUGAUGGAGGAUGUCAAGAAGAGGUUGUCCAAGGCCAAAAAGGAAGUCGAGUUGGCGAUGCCGAGAUGGGUCAGGGACAUUGAUGCGCAGACGCAGAAGUAG